AUGGCAACCAGUGUUCGAUAUGAGGAUAGGCUAGAGGGUGCCUCCAACUACUUGCAGUGGAAGGAACAACGUGUGACUCUUUUCAGAAUAGUUUUCAAUACAGUUAAUGUCCAAGUCGAAAAUGUUGAGGAAAUUACCAAAAGGCAACUCCAAGAAGUUCCAGAGAGAUAUAUGAGACAUGAUGAAGAGAUAGCAGCAAUUCUACAUGAUCAAUCUGACUCUAAUCAAAACGUUCUCAUUACUGACAUGGGCAAGAUUGCACAAGCACAACACAGACAAGAAGAGAUCAGAAAGAUUGCUCAAGCUUGUGAAGACUGGAAAAAAUUUCAGGGUGAAGAGACUUGGGAAAGAGUUUUCCAGUUGCUAUUGAAGAAGAAGCAGAGAUAUUCAGUGAAGCCUGGGAAUCUUCAGGGCAAUGGCAAGACCUCCGUUGUGUCUGAAAAUAAAAAGAUGGAUUGGGGUAAUUUGUUAGGCCUGAUCAUGUCUCCUCCUGAAUGCAGGGAUAUGAACUUGUGGUCUACAGAACCUGUUGAUUUCAGAUAUUGUAGAUUGCCAUAG